GAGAAUAAUUAUUUUUGUGAUUCCAAUUUUUCGAUCAACUUUUAGAUAUAAAUUUGAAGCCAGAAGAUUUUGAAUGGGUCUUCAAUUGUAGGCGGUAUGGGCAAUGAAAGUUUGAUAAUCGGUGUGAUAAUCAUUGUCGUUACGGUCAUUGGAGGCGUGAUUGGGGUUUUCGUAUGACACCGAUUACGGAGAUCAAGACAGUUGAAUGGAGGAAUUCAGAUGAGUCCUCUAAAAGAAUAUCGCUCAGAUGGUCGACGUGGACUAGUUCAUGAGGAAGAUCGCCGCACACAAAAUCGUAAUCGAGGUAGCCCGGGUUUGGCUGACAUCAUUGGCAACUCAUCUGACCGUCCUAGGGAUGGAGCGGAGAGCAGUGAUGGUCGAAGUGUAGCAGAUAUUGUAAUUCCACCACUUAAACGACGUAGAAAGGCAUCUAAACCUCGUUUGAAGAAAGCAAAGAAACAAGAGAUCAUCGAACAGUCACAAGAUGGGCCAAGUACAGCUAAUACUACAAAUCAGUCUUCAGAUCGUGUGCGUAUAUUUACUACACAAAAUGAGCAGUCUACAGCAGGAGUUAGAGUAAAAGGCAAAGGGAAACCAGCCCCCGGAAAGUUUCAAAGACCAUUCGUCUCUCCUGAGAAUAUCGAUACCCCACUCACCACGGUCGAAUCCUCUACAAGCUGUUCUCAAGAAGAGGGCAGUCUUAAAUUCAAAUCUUGAUUGAUCGAACCAGCCAAGAAGGAAUGCAGAUAACAUGCUGAUAAAUAAUGUCGAUUUGUAAUCUCGGGAAAAUAAUGACUGCGAAUUCACCGACCCCUGUAUGAUCAAUGCUCCAAAAACGAACCA